AUGAGAGCCUCAUCAGCGUGGACCGCACUCCUUUUACUCUUUAUUCAAGGAGCGACCAGAGCCUGCACAGUGAAGAAGUCGGGCAGCAGCACGGGGAGGUUUGCGAACGCCACCUUGGUGCGUCUCUCUGAGUUUCUGAGUGCCGGCUAUAAGAAGGGAGUGAGACCGGUGAAGGACUGGAGGACGUCCACCAUCGUGGCCAUCGACCUCAUGGUGUACUCCAUCCUCAAUGUGGACGAGAAGAACCAGGUUUUGACAACGUAUGUGUGGUACAGGCAGUCAUGGACGGAUGAAUUCCUGGUGUGGAACCCGGAGGAUUUUGAUGAAGUGAAACAGGUUUCUUUACCUACGGCUAACGUGUGGGUGCCGGACAUCCUCAUCAAUGAGUUUGUGGAUGUGGGGAAGUCUCCGGACAUACCGUACGUCUAUGUGACCCACGAUGGACUGGUGCGAAACUACAAGCCCAUCCAGGUGGUGACGGCCUGCACGCUCAACAUCUACAACUUCCCUUUCGAUGUGCAGAAAUGCAGCCUCACCUUCCAGAGCUGGCUGCACACCAUUGACGACAUCAACAUCACGCUGAUGCGAAGCCCCGAGGAGCUCAGGGAGGACAAGAGUGUGUUCAUGAACCAGGGAGAGUGGGAGCUGCUGCACAUUCUGUCCAACUACAAGAUCUUCAGCGUGGACAACGACGACUAUUACGCUGAGAUGAAGUUCCACGUGGUGAUCCGGCGGCGGCCAUUGUUCUACACGGUGAACCUGCUGCUGCCCAGUAUGUUCCUGAUGGUCAUGGACAUCGUGGGUUUCUACCUGCCUCCAGACAGCGGGGAGAGGGUUUCCUUUAAGAUCACUCUGCUGCUGGGGUACUCUGUGUUCCUCAUCAUCGUGUCUGACACCCUACCUGCCACCGCCAUAGGAACCCCGCUCAUAGGUGUGUACUUCGUGGUGUGCAUGGCCCUGCUGGUGAUCAGCCUGACAGAGACCGUAUUGAUCGUGCGUCUGGUCCACAAACAGGACCUGCAGCCCCCCGUCCCGCCCUGGCUGAAGUACCUGAUCCUGGAGCGGGCCCCCAUGUUGUUCUGCAUCCACAGGAAGCCCCGCCUCUGCUCCAAUCUGACCUCACAGCCCCCCGACCUGGAGCUCUACAAGGAGAGCAGCUACGGCACCGCUCAGUGCCCUCUGCACCACACCUGUGAGGGGGGGGGGUCUCUGGAGGGGGUGCUGCUGGGCCUCGGCCGCCCCCUCCCCAGAGACCCCACCCCGCCCGUCAUGGACAACAUCCUACAAGAGGUGACGGCCAUACGCCACUUCCUGGAGAAGAGGGACCGGUGCAGGGAGGUGGCCAAAGAGUGGCUGCAGGUGGGCUACGUGCUGGACGUGCUGCUCUUCAGGGUCUACCUGGUGGCCGUGGUGGCCUACAGCAUCACUCUGGGAACCCUGUGGUCCGUGUGGCAGGUGGCCUGA